CUGAACCUCUUCGUCUCUAUUCUAGUGCCAAAUGGGAAGACUUCGACGCUCGAGAACGCAUCAUGGAAUCCGAGAUAUUUCUCGCAAAUUCCGAACAAGAGCAUAUACCAAAGAUUUAGAUCAAAUUCAUGAAGAUCUGAAGGAAGGCAACAUUGAAAAAAUGAAGAAUCAACCAAUUGAUGCUGAUAAAACUGGUCUUGGACAACACUAUUGUGUUCCCUGCGCCCGUUACUUUCCAAACGAUGACACUCUCCAGAAGCACGAAAAGUCAAAACUUCACAAGAGAAGAGUAAAGAAAACCCAAGAGGAGCCUUAUACACAGAAGGAGGUAUGUGUUAAAUCGAUUUGCAGGCAGCAAUGCAGGAAUGAACCUCUAAAUAACGCAAUUUUGUGCAGGCUGAUGCUGCAGCAGGCGUAAGCGCUGCUGACAAUGGAAAGCGAGGAGGUUUGGGACGCAGUAACGUGAACUCGGACGAGGUCCAAAUGCAAUAGAAGUUACUACUUAGACCAAGUAUUUUAGUCACUUGCCAAUCAUUUGUACCAUAGAUCACUCAUAAAAUAUGGCGAAUUAGCCUACACUUAUUUGACAUGCAAUAUUACUAUGUUCCAUUUUAGCUGUGGAAUGCCACAGGGCUGAUGAUUGACCAUGUGCCGGAUACACGAAUCUUUCUUUCUGUUUUUGCCCAUACUCGGUAUACCGAAUGGUAACAAA